UAUGCACGACGUCUGCAUGUGUUUGGAUAGUUACGGAAGAGAGUUGACAAAAAAGUAAUACAACAAAGUUGUCUUUUCAUUCUGGUUUAGGAUGGAGAAUAAUACGAGAACGCUACUUUUAUUUGAUGUUGAUGGCACAUUGACUGCCUCAAGACAGAUAAUCAAGGAUGACAUGGCUGAUUUCAUGGUGCAAAUCAACAAGAAGGUCUGCUGUGGUCUUGUAGGAGGAUCCGAUCUAGAAAAGAUUACAGAGCAGAUGGGAGGAAAGGAGGCUCUGCAUAAAUUGGACUACGUAUUUGCUGAAAAUGGACUGGCUGCGUAUAAAAAAGGAGAAACAAUAGCUAUCAUGAGUUUAAUCAAGAAGAUGGGUGAGGAAAAGCUUCAAGAACUCAUCAAUUAUGCACUAGGUUACCUUGCCAACCUUAAACUCCCUGCUAAACGAGGGACGUUUGUAGAAUUCCGUAAUGGAAUGAUAAACUUUUGUCCAGUUGGCAGAAGUUGCUCACAAGAAGAAAGAAAUGUGUUUGGUAAACUUGAUCAGGAGGAGAAUAUACGUGGAAAUAUGGUCAAAUGUCUAAGAGAGAAGUUUAGCGCUGAUGGAUGGGUGUUUUCAAUUGGUGGUCAAAUCAGCAUUGAUGCGUAUCCGGAUGGUUGGGAUAAGAGAUACUGUCUACAGUAUGUGGAGAAGGACUUUGACACAAUACACUUUUUUGGUGAUAAAGUUGAAAAGGGAGGUAACGACCAUGAGAUUUACAGCGACCCCAGGACCAUUGGACACAAAGUCGUCAGCCCAGAAGAUACAAAGAAACAAGUUUCUGAACUCUUAGGAAUGAAUUGAUUAUCAUUGCCGUUGUUUCUGUUUUAAUGGCUCAAACUAAUGCUAAUCAAACAGCUGGGCAAUACCAUAAGAAUCAGAUUCAUUGGACAAUCGUCAACAGUGAACCAGGUAGAGAAUUCCAGCUGUCUUUUACUGCAAGUGUAGAGAGAUGAUUCACGCAAUUGUAUUAUCCUUCCAGACAUUCCUGUAUAAUCCUGCCUAAAGACCACUACAAACAAACAAGCUUCAAUAGGACUCACAGUACCCCUAGCAAUGGCCAAGGUGCCCAGGGGUCGAUUUCACAAAGAGUUAGGACUUUUUUGUCCUAACUUAGGAUUAAUAUUAAGGU